AUGUCUCGUCGCGGUGUCGGCCUCGGGGCCUUCUCAAAUCGCAACCAAACAACCCAAUCAUGGGCAACCCAUGGCGCUAACCUACGUUCAACACAUACGGCCUCCUUACAGACCCAGCUGUCAGUCUUCCAGUCACUGCUUCAUACGUUCGCGUUAGAGCACAGUUCCGAGAUCAAGUCCAACCCCACCUUCCGAGCAGAGUUUGCACGCAUGUGUAAUACUAUCGGGGUCGACCCCCUCGCCGCAAGCAACGUCAAGGGCAAAAAUGGCCGUCGCGGUCUGGGAGAGGGAGGUAGCUUUUGGACACAGAUUCUAGGCGGAGAUAUGAACGACUUCUACUUUGAAGUUGCCGUUCGUGUGGUAGAACUAUGCAGGGAGACAAGGAGUGAGAAUGGGGGCCUAAUAGGUGUGGGGGAGUGUCGCAAACGAGUGGGGAAGGGCAAGGCGAUCGGAAGUGGACUCGAGGUUUCAGAGUACGGAUGCUCCUGUGUGAGAUCUUCUUGGGGCAAAGGAGAAGCUAACGUGUUGGACAGUGAUGAUAUCUUACGUGCCGUCCGAUCCCUUGAGCCUCUUGGAUCUGGGUUUUCCAUUGUCACAGUCGGUAACAAGCAGUACAUUCGGUCAGUUCCGAAAGAGCUGAACACCGACCAGGCGACCGUUUUGGAAGCUAUCCAAGUGCUGGGCUACGUGAGCGUCUCUAUGCUGCGACUUAAUCUGAAAUGGGAAAAGGCUCGAGCGCAGACGGUGAUCGACGAUUUGCUUGCCGAUGGCUUAGUCUGGCUAGAUGCUCAGGGCCCUGAGAAAGAAUACUGGUCACCACAGAACCUCCUGGAGGACAGUGGAUGA